UUUCUAUAUCACUUCUCUUCUUACAAAGUAGGUUGGAGAAACAUUUUUUUGUAAACAAUGGCAACCUCAGCGAAGUUAGCGAACCACGGGAGCAGCAGAGAAGGCUCGGCCAAAGCCUCCGUGGCCGAUCAGAUCUUUCAAACCGUUCAGUCCACCUCCAAUCUCCUUCACCUGAUGCAACAGUCUUCUGCUUCUCAGGCCCAACUGAGAAAGCUGCCAAAGAACCUUUUGGCUAAAACCUCUAUAAUCAAGAAUACCGGGCAAGUGUUGGAGCAGAUGCCUCAUGUCAUUGCAUCCUUGGAUGCACAUAUGGAGAAUGGAUUACACAGUGUUCCUCAUCUGCAACCAGUAGUCCAGUUACUUGCAAAUAUGGAAAGCUGCCAGCUUAACUCUCUCUCUCAAGCUCAUCUUUCUCACGAGGAACAUGGCUUGGCAAAAUCUUCAGAGGUGCCUUAGCUGACUGAACUCCAAACCAACUUUGCCGAAGGCCUGAAAUAACAGAUUAAGAUAGAAGAAUGGUCAUGGGCAGGCCAUCAAAUUCUAAGUCAGGAUGACCAACUUGUACAUUGAUCUAUCCCUAGUCUCAGUGUAACAUUGAAUAUCACCUAAAAUCGUGUGGAUAUCAAGCAUAAAAGAAGAAGCUAGCAAUGUUCCAGUUCCUGAUAUUCUAGAACUCUA